AUGGCCCACCGAGCGGAUAUUCUACGAGUUCUCAUUCUGUACAAGUAUGGCGGAACUUAUAAUGAUAAUGACGUCAUUUGGGUGAAACCACUUUCUGAGGGCCAGAGAAGGUACCCAACGGUCUUGUGCUACGAGUGGACGGAUGUUCCACCCUGGCCUCGAGCAAUCAGCAACGGUUUGUUGGUGGCAAGGGCAGGAGCUCCAUUCCUGUUGAAAGUUCUAGAGUCUUUCUGGUUCUACCGUGACGAUAUGUGGGCCAUGAACUCAGUGCUGAUGUACUACAAGCUGUAUGAGAGGAACCCGGAAAUGGUACACAUUGACCCCAAGCUUCAGGUCAUCUGUUACAACCACAUCUGUCACCCCACUUGGCACGAGGAUUACCGCAGGGGUUACGAUGACCCAAGUCCUACAACCAGAUUUAACAUUGAAGAAACCAACGCUUUCCAUUUCAUCCAUUUGCAAGCUCCGCCCAUUUUCCAAUCGUUUGCUGCUGUCAAUAAUAAAACAAGCAUUGACGCCUUGUUGGUGAAAAGAGUCAUAACUGCUAUAGAGAAGGCGGGCAAAACUCAUCUAUUGCAAGAGGAAAAUUAGCAACAGAAAUAUUUCAGUUUUUAUUUUGCAAGGCUUAAAAAGUAUAAAACUGUACAUAGUGUUUAAAAUGAGUUCAAAUGUAAUCAUGUGUAUAUUGGUUACUUGCUGGUGCAUCAAUACAUGCAUUGGAAGUGCUCUUUUACUGUGGUCCAGCUACCAAAUAAAGCGGGACGAAUUGUCUCGUCAGGAUGCAGUAAUGUCAUUAUAACAUUACAUACAAUGUGCUACAGCAGAUAUUUAUGAGUUCUGGACAGCAAC